AUGGUUUCCUCUAGAUGGCGACUUUACCUACUGUUCGCCUUCAUCUCCUUCCAGUCCCUGACGUGUUGCGACCCAGUCCCGACAUCUAACCCAGGUCCGCGCCCUUCCGAAUCCCUGUCUCGGCCUCACUCAGGCACUGGGACUGCCACCAUUGAACCCGUCAAAUCCACCGAGACCGCGAAGCCCCCAAAUCCCGAUGAUAACAAAUACUUCCACGAGCCUGGUGGAGAUGAUCUUCUGCACCAUUAUGAUAUUCGCUUUUUCCAGAAAAUCGUCACCGAUGAAGAAAGACAAGACACUCUAAGACACCUGAUUCGUGCAUACCUUCUGACCUUUGAAUAUCUCGGUCUGGAAACUUGGAUCGCGCAUGGUACAUUGUUGGCGUGGUACUGGAAUGCCAAAAUCCUGCCAUGGGACUGGGAUCUUGACACCCAGGUGACUGACGAAGGCCUGAAAGUAUUGGGUAAAAAUUACAAUCAAACUUUCUACGACUACGACCAAGGUAACGGUACCCCACCACGCCGCUAUUUCCUCGAUGUCAACUCUUGGGCAUGGCAAAGGGAUCAUGGUGAUGGCGCAAAUAUCAUCGAUGCUCGAUUUAUCAGUGUUGAGAAUGGUCUGUUCAUUGACAUCACCGGCUUGUCCGAGGUCAACCCGGACACAGAGCCGGGAGUCAUCAUGUGCAAGAAUGACCACAAGUAUAGAUUAAGAGAUAUGUUUCCCCUACGAGACACUCACUUCGAGGGAGUCAAGGCCAAGGUGCCUUAUUCAUACGUGCCAAUCCUGAUUGAGGAGUACACGGAGCUUGCACUGGUUCAAACUGAAUUUCACGACCAUCGAUGGGAUCCGGACAUGAGACAGUGGUUCCGAAUUCCUGAGACACAGAAGCCUGUCGAAGACACAGCACAGAUAAGGAAACGGAGCCUUCCUUAG